CCCCCCGACGCUCUACCCGGCCGUUCCCGUGCCCUAAGCGGUUGCUGUUCUCCCAGCAGCGACUGCGGCGUUUCCUCGGCGGACGGCGGCUGUAUUCGUCUCCGUCAGCGAACAGCGGAAGCAUCGGCGGUGUCUUCCUCCGGCGAGUUCUUGUCGCUGCCGCGAUUUCCUCGGUGAACUGUGACUGCUGCAUCUUUCUCUCCAUCUUUGUAACGGCAGAGGCGGCGUCUCUGCCCCCUGUUGAGUAUGGAAUUGCAGCGGGCUGUUCAUGACUGACCACGAUAGAAUCGGGGCUCUGAGGACUGAGGGGCUUACUAGUGGAAAGUGGAUAGACGCAGACGAUGGCAUGACCAUUCUGGCAUCAAGUGCCAGGCAAAUCAGGUGUGGGUGAUGAUUUAGGUGUACACUCUCUUGCGGAGAAACUUUCGGAACAGAAAUUGUGGCUUGCUUUGAAGUGGGAAUACCAUCCUUGAAAAACGCUUGAAAAAGAAAAGGUUAUAAAAGAUUUCUCAGGAUGUCUUGGUGUACUAUUGAGUCUGAUCCUGGUGUUUUUACUGAACUUAUACAACAGAUGCAAGUCAAGGGAGUUCAAGUGGAAGAAUUAUAUUCGCUUGAUCUGGAUUCUCUGGACAACCUGCGGCCAGUAUAUGGGUUGAUAUUUCUAUUCAAAUGGCGACGAGGGGAAAAGGAUGACCGUCCUGUAAUUAAAGAUCCAAAUCCAAACCUUUUCUUUGCCAGUCAGGUUAUUAACAAUGCUUGUGCAACCCAAGCUAUUCUUUCGAUAUUGGUGAAUUGUCCAGAUAUAGACAUUGGUCCAGAACUAUCAAUGCUUAAAGAGUUCACGAAAAACUUCCCUCCAGAACUUAAAGGACUGGCAAUCAACAACAGUGAAGCCAUUCGAACAGCUCACAAUAGCUUCGCUAGGCCUGAACCAUUUGUACCUGAAGAGCAGAAAGUUGCUGGCAAAGAUGAUGAUGUCUACCAUUUCAUAAGCUAUUUACCUGUUGACGGAGUUUUGUACGAGCUGGAUGGACUGAAGGAGGGGCCAAUCAGCCUCGGCCAGUGCCCCGGUGGGCCAGGUGACCUGGAUUGGUUGCAGAUGGUGCAACCAGUAAUCCAGGAACGCAUCGACAGGUAUUCUCAGAGCGAAAUCCGAUUCAACCUCAUGGCCAUCAUAAAGAAUCGGAAGGAGAUAUACACUGCUGAGCUGAAGGAACUGCAAAAGCAGAGGGAGCAUCUUGUGCAGCAGUUGAAUGAACAUGCAAACACUGCUGAUAAAGACAGUCCUGAAGUCGAAGCUUGGAAUAAGUCACUCACCGAAGUGACUGCCAGCAUAGAAAGUGUGAGCGAGAAGAUACUGAUGGAAGAAGAGAAGUUCAAGAAGUGGAGAACUGAGAACAUUCGGAGGAAGCAUAACUACAUACCAUUCCUUUUUAAUUUUCUAAAGAUUCUUGCAGAGAAGAAACAACUGAAACCCCUUAUUGAGAAGGCCAAGCAGAGAUCGCGCAAUCCAAUAUAAACAGGGUCCCUUUUCGUGGCGUUUUUAAUGGCUAACUAGUUUGAGAAUUUGCUUUGUCUCUCAACUCUGGUACCAAAGUAUGUUUAUUGCUGCAGUUUCUACGAAACUUUCAAGACUAAUUUGUCAUUUUGGAUUGAUUUGAUUAACAUCAAGGUAUGUUUCUCGCUA